AUGGCGCUUUUGCCUCGUUGGCUAGUAAGAACCCUGCUAUUUGAGCCUGGGCAUCGUACGUUGACCCGGUCCGGCUACCGGUCCGGUACCUGCGGCCGUCGCAUAGUGAUUCCUUCAAUCAAAUAUGCCGGGCUCCGUCGCCUGAACGUGAUCCCGGUCUACCGGACAGAUGCCGGUGUGGCUGGCGAUAUCAGCAUCGAGAAGAUCAUUCGCCACGAGACGUAG